AUGACGUCAACGCAACAGUCACCGUUUCCUUUACGGGUUCUUUCCGCAGUGUUUUACGGAGUUGUUUCUGUGCUGAUUGUGUUUGUUAACAAGAUUCUACUUACUAACUAUAAAUUUCCAUCGUUUCUGUUCGUUGGAGUUGGUCAGAUGAUGGCUACAAUUCUCAUCCUCUUCCUUGCCAAACUUUUCCGAAUCGUGCAAUUUCCAUCUCUCGAUUCAUCGAUUCCUCGGAAAAUAAUGCCACUUCCUCUUCUAUAUUUCUUCAAUCUGAUCUCAGGACUCGGAGGAACUCAAAUGAUAAACUUACCAAUGUUCACAGUACUUCGUCGUUUCUCUAUUCUGAUGACAAUGAUUUUAGAAUAUUAUAUUUUGGAUGUGAAAGCAUCGAAAGCCGUCAAAAUUUCAGUCGGAUUGAUGAUUGGAGGAAGUUUCAUCGCAGCAAUUUAUGAUCUCUCAUUUGAUGCUGUCGGAUAUACAAUGAUCCUAAUUAACAAUAUAUGCACAGCAGCAUUGGGAGUGUAUACAAAGCAGAAACUCGAAGCAAAAGAUCUUGGCAAGUAUGGUCUCAUGUUCUACAACUGUCUCUUCAUGCUCCUCCCAGCUCUUUGUGUCGUCCAAUACACUGGUGAUCUGGACCGUGCGUACGCCUUCAUGCUCUCCGACUCGAUGACGUCAUCUGUCUGGGCCUGUUUCAUUCUUUCCUGCAUCUGUGGAUUCGUUCUCAACUACUCACUCGUUCUGUGCACUCAUCACAAUUCAGCGUUGACAACAACUUGUGUCGGUCCUAUUAAGAAUCUCUUUGUCACGUAUGUAGGAAUGUUCUCAAGUGGAGAUUACGUUUUCCAAUGGGCAAACUUCACUGGUAUUAACGUCAGUGUGUUCGGAAGUAUUCUCUACACCUACGUGACAUUCCGCUCAAAGUCCACUACAAUUUCUUACAAACCACUUCCAAUGACAAUGCCAUCAGAUGUUCAUAAACCACGGAAAUAA